AUGCUAAUCAAUGCAAUACUGCGGGCAUUUAUCGUGCACACGUUGAAAAGGCGCCGACAACGGUCCAAAUGUACGCUGCUGCGUGCAUUGCUUAAGAUGGUGAACUUUCGCCGAUUCGGCCACUAUCAGCGCUAUCUGGCGUAUCCGGGGCGCGAGAUGGAUGGGCAACCGUUGCCUCCGCCGCCUGCAGCGGUACCGGCCGAACCGAUGCGGGUGAAUGUCCCAUUGGAGCAGGGUGCCGUGAGACGUCGACGGCAGAUGCAACAGCGGUUCCGUAUCGUUGGUGAGGAGGAAUUUCUUCAGCAGGAGGAAGACAUUAUGAAAUGGACCUCCAGACUGAUGCCAAACGACCUCAAGACGCUAGUGACGAUGAAAACAAAUGGCGUCACCCCACUGUUGAUAGCCUGCCGGAACGGACACUUUGACGUGGUGCAGUACCUCAUCAAGCGUUGUCACGCAGAUGUCGAACAGGCCGGUUCCGUCAUAUUCGAUGGCGAAAAGAUCGAGGGUGCGCCACCGCUCUGGUGUGCGUCCGCUGCCGGUCACACGAACAUAGUUAAGCUCUUAGUCCAAAACGGUGCCAAAGUGAAUAGUACGACCAAAACGAACAGCACACCGCUCCGGGCGGCCUGUUUCGAUGGGCACUACGAAAUUGUCAAGUAUCUCGUAUCACAAGGCGCAGACAUCGAAGUCGCAAACCGUCACGGACACACCUGUUUGAUGAUCGCGUGCUACAAAGGACAUUACAAAAUCGCACAAUAUUUGCUUUCGCUCAAAACGGACGUGAAUCGGCGUAGCGUGAAAGGCAACACGGCCCUGCACGAUUGCGCCGAGUCGGGAUCGCUCGAGAUAUUGCAGCUACUCCUUCAGCACGGUGCUACAAUGGAUGUCGAUUCUUAUGGAAUGACCCCUCUGCUGGCUGCCAGUGUUACCGGACAUCUACCGAUCGUGGAACAUCUGAUCAAGCUAUCGUUUGUAUCGCGCGAGGAACGGAUCGCAGCCCUGGAGCUGCUCGGUGCUACAUAUGUCGAUAAGAAGCGCGAUAUGCUAGGAGCCCUCUCGUUCUGGAAGCGUGCCAUGGAAGAUAGAUACAACAAUAGUCCCGUGUUGCCGAAACCAACCCGCGAACCGCUGCCACCAUACGAUUACGUACAGGAGGUCAACAAUCUCAACAUGCUCGAAGAGUUGGUGAUGGACCCGGACGAGAUGCGCAUGCAGGCGCUGCUGAUCCGCGAGCGAAUACUUGGACCGGUGCAUCCCGACACGAGCUACUACAUACGCUUCCGUGGUGCCGUGUAUGCCGACUCCGGCCGCUUCGAUCGGUGUAUCGAGCUGUGGACGUACGCACUCUCCAUGCAGCAGAGCAUCCUGGAACCGCUCAAUCCGAUGACGCAAUCGUCGCUGCUGUCGUUUGCGGAACUGUUUAGCUACAUGUUGGGUGAGGUGGGCCGGCCUAUUACACGCGGUCGCAUCGUACCGCCGAUUGAAACCUCCGACAUGCUCGUGGUGUUCAAGAAAUCGAUCCGGGAGGUGCAGCUAGGUCAGCAAAUGUUCGAUCAGAUGGCAUAUCACGAGCGAGAUCAUGGUGCGCUCAGCAGGGCGCUGGUGAUUUCAUUGCAUCUGGCCUGCCUGUUGGUGCGGUUGCUGGACGAGGAAGAGGAGCUGUGCACGGCGGAGAUGAAACAUCAGAUCCUUCAGUCGCUGUACGAUUUAGUUAGCUUAAAGAUUGUUUCGCAAACGGGUAGAACAGCUUUGCAUCUGGCUUGCUACAAAGAUGCAGCGCUAGUAGGAAGGUAUCCAGUGUGUCAACUCCCAUCAGCACGGCUCGCAAAGGCUCUGCUGCAAGUUGGAGCCGAUCCGAACGCACAGGAUGACAAUGGUAACACACCACUACACCUGGCCGCUCAAAGCCGACCCUGUCCACCAGAACUGGCACAAAUUUUGCUAGAACACGGAGUCCAUUUGGAUACGAGAAAUGUGGACGGUAAAACGUUUGAGUCGCUUUUGCAAAAUCAACAGCUGCACGAGCUGGUGAACCCGAUCAAGUACACGCGGCUAUCGUGCCUGGCAGCCCGUGCUAUUAAGCGUUACGCAAUCAACUGCCAGCACGAGAUCCCCAAGUGUUUGCACGCGUUUGUCGACUCGCACUAA